UUAAAACCAUGCCGCUCCCGUGCUGUUUCUAACCCUCGCCUCCACGCCACAUCCAUGGCCACCCUCAUCCCUCGUGCUCCACCACCAAAUACCCACCGUCACUUCCUUCACCGACCACCGACCCUAUCCCCCCAGCUCCGCCUCCGCCUCCCUGUUCGCCGCCUCCGCCUCGCUUCCCCGGUCGUGGCCAUUGCCACGGUGACGGCCGCCGUGCCCCCCGACGACAUCUCGCAGCUCAAUAACCGUCUCCGCGCGCUCGUCCGCCGCCGCGGUGUCUCUUCCGCUGCCACAUCUCCCAUGGACCCCGCCCAGGCGGAGGCCUACCUCCACAUGAUCCGCGAGCAGCAGCGCCUCGGCCUCCGCCAGCUCCGCCGGCACGCGGCCGAACCGGAAUACGAGAGAGACGUCGGAAGCAACGGGGAGGACGAGGAGGAGGGUGGCGGAAGGAGGAAGGGGAUGGCGGCCAGGAGCUCUUUGGGGCACCGUGUGGACCCGCGUGAGCUGGAGCCCGGCGAGUACGUCGUUCACAAGAAAGUCGGCGUCGGCAAGUUCGUCUGUAUAAGCGGAGAGGACGGAGAGGACUACGUGUUCAUUCAGUAUGCGGACGCCAUGGCGAAGCUUGCAGUCGACCAGGCAGCACGCAUGCUCUACCGAUACAACCUUCCUCAUGAGAAAAAGAGGCCAAGGAAUCUAAGCAAGCUGAAUGAUCCUUCUACAUGGGAGAAGAGGAGGCUGAAAGGAAAGCUUGCUGUUCAGAAGAUGGUGGUCAACUUGAUGGAGUUAUAUUUACAAAGGAUGAGGCAGAGAAGGCCGCCGUACCGAAAGCCUGAGGCGAUGGAUCAGUUUGCUUCUGAAUUUCCUUACGAGCCUACCCCAGAUCAAAACCAGGCUUUCAUAGAUAUUGAGAAUGAUCUGACUGAAAGGGAAACACCAAUGGACAGAUUGAUCUGUGGAGAUGUCGGGUUUGGUAAAACGGAAGUUGCAAUGCGUGCUAUAUUCAUCGUUGUAUCUACAGGAUAUCAAGCUAUGGUUCUCGCACCAACUGUAAUACUAGCCAAUCAACACUAUGACGUAAUGUCUGAGCGUUUCUCCAACUAUCCUGACAUAAAGGUCGCCAUAUUCAGCGGUGCUCAGAGCAAGGAUGAAAAGGAUGAGCUAAUAACCAAAAUUACGAAUGGGCAUUUGCAAAUAAUUGUUGGAACUCAUGCUCUUCUUACAGAACGGAUGGCCUAUAACAAUCUUGGUCUCCUAGUGGUGGAUGAGGAACAGAAGUUCGGUGUACAACAAAAGGAGAAGAUUGCAUCAUUCAAAGCUUCUAUUGAUGUUCUUACCCUGUCCGCAACACCCAUUCCACGAACUCUGUAUCUUGCUUUAACCGGUUUCCGUGAUGCAAGUUUAAUGUCUACACCACCUCCGGAAAGAGUCGCUGUCAAGACCUAUGUGUCAGCAUUUAGUAGAGAAAGUGCUCUAUCAGCUAUCAAAUUGGAGUUGAAGCGUGGCGGUCAAGUUUUCUAUGUUGUUCCUCGAAUAAAAGCCAUAGAAGAUGUAUUGCAAUUUCUCAAGGACUCUCUUCCAGAUGUACCGAUGGCUAUUGCUCAUGGAAAGAAAGUGUCAAAGAAUAUACAACUUGCUAUGGAAAAGUUUUCUUGUGGGGAAAUAAAGAUUCUUAUAUGCACACAUAUCAUUGAAAGUGGAAUAGAUAUUCCAAAUGCCAACACAAUGAUAGUCCAGUAUGCAGAACUAUUUGGGCUCGCGCAGCUGUAUCAGUUGCGAGGAAGAGUAGGAAGAUCAGGCAGAGAGGGUUUCACAUACCUCUUCUACACCGACAAGUCUUUGCUUUCCAGAAUUGCCAUGGAUAGACUUGGAGCUAUUGAAGAGCAUUCGGAUCUCGGUCAAGGUUUCCAUGUCGCAGAGAAGGAUAUGGGUAUUAGGGGAAUUGGAAGCAUGUUUGGUGAGCAACAAUCUGGAGAUGUUGCAAAUGUUGGCAUCGAUCUGUUCUUUGAUAUGCUUUUUGAUAGCUUGUCCAAGGUUGAUCAAUUUCGUCUUAAACCCAUUCCUUAUAAAGAUGUUCAGCUGGACAUUAACAUUUCUCCGCAUCUCUCUUCUGAAUACAUAAGUUAUCUUGAAAAUCCUGUUGAAUUGCUCAAUGAAGCAGCGCAAGCUGCAGAACAAGAUAUAUGGAACUUAAUGCAAUUCACAGAAGAUCUUCGUCGACAGUAUGGGAAGGAGCCCCGUGAUAUGGAGUUGCUAUUAAAAAAGCUCUAUGUAAGGCGGAUGGCAGCAGAUCUUGGUAUCAGCCGGAUAUAUCCAUCUGGCAAAAUGAUCAUCAUGAAAACAAACAUGAGCAGGAAAGUUUUUAGGCUCAUGGAAGAAACCAUGGCUUCUGAGACGCAUCGCAAUUCUUUGUCAUUCACUGGAAAGGAAAUUAAGGACUGUAAACGCUGGACAUGGCUUGCAUGCUCAUUGGUUUUGCUCCCAUCUGUGCUCCACACCUACUUAAUGAGCAUUGGACGGCGGAACUUCUGGUCAAUCUGCCAGACACACUACUUCUGAACUGGCUAUUUCAUUGCUUAGCGGAUUGCUAUGCAAUAAUGCCAGCCCUUGUGAGAUACUAGAUUCUUUGAUUGGAAAAGGACAAGAACUAUAACCUGGAAUGAACUAUUCAUGUUCGAGAAAAUGAAAAGGCAAGACACAGAUAUUCAAUUAAUCGGUCGAUUUUUCAAUUAAUUGGCCAUGGGACGGUCUCUUCUUUUGUUGGUGUUGUCACUUCAGGCAAUUAAUCAGCCAUUGGUGUGUUGGUAUUGUCACUUCAGGCAAAUGUGUACCAAUAAUAUGCAACAUUGUUAAGAAAAUCUGUGAAAAUGUAGUGUGACAGAUUAUACCUAUACAUAAACUGGAUGCCCAAAUGGAAAGGCGUGAACUACAUUUCUGCAUCCACUGACAGUUUCGUUUAGCUAGCAGUGGCUGGUGUGAUGCACAAUUGAUAUCCUGAAAUGCUGUUCAUCAAUGGCGUUAAAGAAUUCUGGUUCAGAUUCUUAUUGCAGAGAAGAUCUCCAAGAUUCUUCUGAGGCUUUCUGAUGGAGAAAAUCCAGCAUUGCGAGUAACAGGUGCAUAGGGUUCAUGACUGGUAACGUAUAGUUUUGUAAUCAGAAUGCGCUGUAUUAGGUGGGGAGAUUGAGUGAUUGAUUACUUGAUCCCUUUGAUUCAGCAAAGGGUAGGUUUCUCUUUUUUUUAGGGGAACUAAAACUUUAUUGAUUAACUCGUUCCAGAGGUAUGAUUACAGUGUCAUGCGGCUCAAGUAGCCACACACGUCUACCUAUGUCUAAGUACAAAGAGUAUUUCACUA